AUGCAUAAUUUUAACCAACAGCGCAAGUCAUGCAUAUCAGGGCGGCUUGUUUUUCACUUGAUUCUUGUUUUCCUUUAUCUAGCCCUUAUUGCUUGCAAGAUUGCAGUUAUGAAUGUGAAAGAUUGAUACAAGCAAGGUUCUGGAACAGUUAAGUGAAAGGGCUCUCUUACUGAAAUUUAUUCUUCUGGAGGCGGAAUAGAGGAGAAAUCUUAUGCUUGGCUCUCAAAUCACUAUUGCGGAAGUUACUCAUCUAGCUGCUACUAUGAUUGUGGUAAUUAUGAAUAUUAUGACUCUACGGUGGCUUGUUCAACGUUUGAAAAUUUAAAUGGAGGAGGCACCGCAUUUAUUGUAUUUAGUUCCUUAGAAAUUGUGUUUGUAUUGGCAAUGAUUGGAUUUUCAAUUCCUGCAGCACAUGCGAAUAAAAAAUAUUUAUGUCCGGUAAUAUUAUUCUCAAUUUUAGCGCUAGUUGCAGGCUUAGUUUCAUUUGCUGUUAUGGCAGGGACUGCAAUGAUUACAUUUUCAGAUUCCUGCGAUGAAACUAAAAGCCACUUAUCAAGCCAAGCUAGUUCUUGUGCUCUAACUGGACCAAAAUUCGACUUAUUCAAUCUUUUAUAUAUUUUUACACUCAAUUUAAUAUUUUGAAUUUAUCUCUGUGUAUUGAAAGGUGGAGACAAGAAAAUUUCUCAGGCUCAAAACGCCAACGUAUCUAUGACAGCAAAUGUCCAGACUCAUCAAGACCAAGUCCAACCGCCUAUUCAUGUUUUUCCUUUGGCAGUAGUAGGUCCUCAUGUGCCUUCCGAUGGUAUUCCUAUUGGGAUUCCUUAUAAGGAUGCUUAA